AUGAAAUUAUUUUUGACUGGUGGCUCGGGCUUUCUUGGUCGUAAUUUUAUAAAAUACGUGCUCUCUCGAGACAAACAAAUUACAAUUAAUGCUUUAUCACGCUCAAGCAUUUCUGAUGAACUUAUAUUAAGUGGUUGUAAUGAGGUUGAGGGUGGUAGAGAACGGGUUAGAAUAAUUCGUGGAGAUAUGAAUGACGAAGCUGCCAUUAGAGAAGGAGUGAAUGAAGCUGACGUCGUCGUUCAUAUGGCUGCAAAGGUUCAACCAUGGGGUUAUUUUCCCGAAUUCGAAAAAGUCAAUGUCCAGGGAACUUCGCUACUCCUUUCCAUCAUUUCCAACUUACCACAAAAGCCACGUUUCAUUUAUAUUUCUUCAUUUACUGCACUUAUAAGUAAUCAUUAUCCAAAAGAUGCAUUGCCUGACUGGGCUCCAUAUUCAAAAUCCAAAUGCCUUACUGAAAAUUUAAUUUUAAAGUCCACUUAUUCGAAUGUGAUCAUCCUUAGAUUAGGUUGGCUAUGGGGAAAAGACGAUGAUACGUUGUUACCAAAAUUAAAGAAUUUGAGUAAAAAUCCGUUAUGGUUGUUUACUCCUGAAUGUUAUGAAUUAUCAAUUUUACAUGUUACUAAUGCUUGCGAAGCUACUUUCCUUUCUUGCGUUCAUCAAUUCAAGGCUAAUCAAGUAGAAGGAAAGAAAAUUUAUGAGAUUGAAGAUUCGGAAGGAAAAAUUAAAGUGGAGGAUUUUAUGGAAUUUUAUGUUGGAACAGUAUCCAAAGUCAACCCUCCAAGACCUUUCACGACUUUUAGACCCCCUAAGUGGUUUAUUUGGGGCGCUAUCACUUUUGUUGAAUGGAUACCAUUUCUGGGAUAUAGUAAACGCUGGAUGUUUGAUGGUUGUAACAGAGAAUCUUUGUUAUGCUUGUUCCAAGAUUAUAGAUUAUAUUCUGAUAAUGCUAAACAAGAGUUGGGAUAUGUUGGAAUUGUUAGUAGAGAACAAGGAAUACAAGAAUUGAAGAGAAUGUAUUUGAAUGAAUAG